UGUUUUUUGGUGGAGAAAAAUAACGGAUUGACCCAAAAUGCACAUAUUCUUUGCUUACCUGCUGCGAAACCAAUAGAAGGAAGAAGAGAAAGGGCUGAGAAGUUCGACAACUAAUCUUCACGCUUUCCGAAACAGCACUCAGUUGACGGAGUGAAAAGCCAUGGAUCCACCGCAACAGAGACCAGAGUCUCCGAUGGAAAUCCCCAUGGAUCAGCAGGGCCGGAGAUCCGAAACUCCGCCGCCUCGCCCUCGACCAGCACCAGCAGCAGCCGCAGGCGGAGAUUUCUCUGCGAUCAUCACCGUGUUUUUCUUCUUCAUCCUCAUUUUCUCCUUUGUAGCAUUCCAGUCAUCCUCAACAUUAACAAACAACUUAACCCUUUUACACCAAGUCCCAGAAGGUCAUGUUGGGAUGUAUUGGAGAGGAGGUGCUCUUCUAAAAACAAUUACAGAGCCAGGUUUCCAUCUAAAGAUGCCCUUGGUAACCCAGUUUGAGCCCAUUCAAGUGACUCUCCAGACGGAUCAGGUUAGGGAUAUUCCAUGUGGUACCAAAGGAGGUGUCAUGAUCAACUUUGAGAAGAUAGAGGUUGUUAACCGGCUUCAUAAGGACUAUGUGUAUGAGACACUGCUAAACUAUGGUGUGCAGUAUGACAACACAUGGAUAUAUGAUAAGAUUCACCAUGAGAUCAAUCAGUUUUGCAGUGCUCAUUCCCUUCAACAAGUUUAUAUUGAUAUGUUUGAUCAGAUUGAUGAAAAAAUGAAAGAUGCUCUUCAAGGUGAUUGCACACGUUAUGCUCCUGGUAUUGAAAUCAUCAGUGUGCGUGUCACGAAACCUAGUAUCCCGGAGAGUAUAAGGCGCAAUUUCGAACAGAUGGAGCAGGAACGCACUAAUGUAUUGAUUGCCAUGGAGAAACAGAAGGUCGCCGAGAAGGAGGCAGAGACACGGAAGAAGAUGGCUAUAACUGAAGCCGAGAAGAAUGCCCAGGUUAGCAAGAUCCUCAUGCAACAAAAGUUGAUGGAGAAAGACAGUUCCAGAAUGCAGGAGGAAAUUGAGAACCAAAUGUACAUGGCUCGAGAAAAGAGCUUGGCAGAUGCUAGUUUCUAUAGGCUGAUGAGAGAAGCAGAAGCAAACAAGUUGAAGCUUACUCCUGAGUACUUGGAGCUCAGAUUCAUUGAAGCCAUAGCUAAUAAUUCCAAAAUCUUUUUUGGAAACAAGGUCCCAAAUAUGGUUUUUGACCAGAGACUACUUGGGAACUUCCUCCAAAGUGUAGCCAAAAGGGGGGACACCGAAGCUGAGUUCUAGGCUACACCAACUCUGUUACUAUAUAAUAAUGAUGAGAACCAUAUGCAAUUUGAAAAUCCAAGGGGAUUUAUGAUCAUAUAGUCCAAAUCAUUUCAGUGAUUACCUAUUUGCAGCUCAUAUUGGUAGUCACCUGUAGUCAUGUGAUGAACAAUCCUGCAGUUGCUGUGGAGAGCAUCAUCUAAAGCCAUAGAGAAAACAAGUGUUUUUCCAGUUCAUAUUUUCCCAGGUAUCUGUUCCCUUUCUUCUCCUGUUCUCCCCCAAAAGUUGUAAUAAGGAAAUACUAGUUUUUUUCUUUUCCUUGUGAAAAGGCAUCGGGUACAAUGGUUGUUUGAGCAGGUUGUGGUGGCAACCGUGACUGUAAAUGGGGUGUGUUUCCUGUUCCAUGGGGCUGAAACUUAUGUUCACGUUGUUCAUUGUCCUUUCUUCUGGCUACUUUUUGGACUUGGAUAAUCAGAUUCGUAUAUGCCAAAUUAAUAUUUCCGUUCCC